UGUGCACUAGGAACGUGAGUUGCUAGCCAAUCAUUGCCCAGAUCCUCUACCGACAACUGUCACUGCCAUUAACUCAUUACUAACUGCCAUUGGUUACUGUCAUCUUGCAAUGAUGGGGCUGACACUGUAAUGAACUUUGCUGUUGGCAGUUGAGGAAAUAUUUGAGCUGACUUCUCUGUGCCUAUGCUGCGUUUAUGGGAAGGGAAUGAAGUUUCCUAUUUAACAAGCUGAUCGUGUGAUCGCAUUGUUGGUAGCAUUACAUCUCAGAUGCAGAAGGCAGCGAUGUAGCUUUGCUCUUGCCAAUGGGCAGAUGACCGUACCUUCCCCAGCCUCUGGACUAUGACCAUCUCAUGGCUGUCAUUGUGGCUGAGUUACGUCUGUCAACUUGUGCUCGCUCCUGCAUCUCUGGCAAUGAUCAUGCUUCUCAGACUCCUUCACUCCGCCUCAGUUUUUAAGGACUAUUUCCUAAGCACAAGAAAAAGCAAGUGUUGUAAGACUGGAUCACAUGGGCAGUAAUGUACUGACUGAGAUAACAGAUUCCACUGGUGACAGCACAUUAGGUGCCUAUGUUUCAGGUAGAUUCCUGGCUGGGAUCAGGAGGAAUAUGGUGCUUGUGGAUCUCAGACCUCCUCCAGUUGCAAUCCAGUCUCUGCUCGCAGUCAAGACAGUCUAUUGCUCUGCUGCCUGCUGGGACUGACAUUCUUACUCUCUGGAUAUAGGUGUGCUUCAAUCACUGUGCCUUUUGCCUCUUGUUGCUUUUGGAUCGCAUUUUAGAAUCUCUCCUACAUACUACAAGAAGAAGAGGACAGGCAGAGUCCAGCUGAGUGUAAUUACAAGAACGUCUAAGGAGCCUUUGCAUCUGGAAGCAUUGCACUGGCAACCUACAAAGUAAAGGCAACCCUAAGUUACAGUCCAGGAGGAACAAAGAGACACUGGAUUUUUUACUUGCAUCACUGUGGGUUCACUGCAUACUAUUAUAUUUUGUACAGUGUACAUGGCAACGCUGCUUGCAGUCAUGUCUACUAAGCUCCUAGUGCUUUUCCUGUUACUGACGGUUUUCCAAGCCUGCUCUAGGAAGAUCGAUGAUGAUGAGUAUGAAGAUUUAACAAUAAACCAAAAAUGGGUACUGGCUCCAAAAACACAAGACACGGAUGCUACACUUAUACUCAACAAGUUGCUGAAAGAAUAUGACAAGAAGCUGAGACCUGACAUUGGAGUUAAGCCCACUAUUAUUGAUGUGGACAUUUAUGUUAACAGCAUUGGACCAGUGUCUUCAAUAAAUAUGCAGAAUAUCUAUCAUAAACCUCCUACCAUACUUCACAUUUUGGGUGAUUUCAUCCAGCUAUUUGGUCUUUUUAGUAGCGACUUGCUGUUUAAUUCUAAACUAAAAGAAGCAGCCAUUAGUGAAGAUUGA